CAGCAAUACCCUUCUCCGUCAUUUGGAAAUAUGCGGAUUUUAACUUCAUCGCAGCGUUUAAGAUGUCUGAAAUUUCGAAUACUUCUGAUUUUAUCAUCUGUUCAUGCAUCAACAGUACAUAUCCAUGGAGAAAAAGGAAAAGUGGUGAUACUUCCAUGUACUUUUCCAGCUGAUGACCUACCAAGUAAAGUCAAUGUGGUCUGGAACAAACUGCCAGAUACCAACGUUCACGUGUUCUCAAAUGGGAAGGAUGAUCCUAAUUUACAGAAUGCUUCAUUUGUGGGGCGCACCCGUUUAUUCCGAGAAGAAAUAUACAAAGGAAAUCUGUCUCUUCGGUUAGAUGAUAUCCAUGAAUCUGAUAAAGGGGAAUAUAAAUGUUUUGUGUCCCGCACAGCUUUAUCAAAGAGAGUCACACUCACUGUUGAAGCACCAGUGGUUACUAAAGAGAAAUCAUCUAGGAGCAGCAGCCCAGCACUUCAUCUGAAUGUGAUGUGUCUCCUGAUGCUCAUCCUGAUGCUCACCCCCCUAUUUAACCUGACCUAAGUGAACCCGUCUACGACUUUCAACAAGACAAUUAGGAUGACUUGUAUGGGGAUUGAAGACUUUCGCACGCCACUGCACAUACGAUUUGUGAAAAUCUCCAAUUUUGUCAACCUCUGUUUUCCUAUACAGAGUCAUAAAGAGAGAAAGUGUGUGUCCUGAAUGGAUUUGGUGAAAGACAGAAGCUGACGUGAAGGGGUGGCUGUUCAUCACAAGCUGGUCAUCUUGGACCAAUUUAUAACUGGCUGCUAAUUAACUAUAACAUCGCCAUCCUAUGAUCAUUCCAUCUUUACCAGUCUGUAGCAUUGUGUUUAAUUGGAUUUUGUAAAUUGUACUUUGAAGAAGACAUCUUUACUCAUGUUGACUUCACUAAUGUGCUCUGAUUUAGGUUUGUGUGGGGUCUCUUGAUUGAUAUUAUUUGCUACUCGCCCCAUGCUGUUUAUAGUCAUGACUGAGAAAAAAAUAAAAUAAGAAAGAAAUAAUCUUGCAAUUUCAUGGAGAUGACAAAAGAUUCUGAAGCAUUGGGCUUCAAUGGUGGUCAACGAUGAACACCAAUACACCUUUUUGAAACAUCCAUGAAAAAAAGUCAUUGUGCGGCAUAAUUCAUAUGAUGGGUUUCCAGUCGUACACCAAUAAACACGUGUGUUUAGAACAGUGUGAGCAUACAACUAGAUAUGUGACUUUUGACUUGUGCAACACAAGAAACAAUUGUCAUGAAUAUUUUAAUAUUGUUUAACUGGGGUGUCUGCCCCCUGCUCGCUUUGCUCACCAACCCCUGUGUUUGGUUUAGUGGAUAUACAAUACAAUUUAUUUUUGGUAAAGCCCAAAAUCACACAAGAAGUGCCGCAAUGGGCUUUAACAGGCCCUGCCUCUUGACAGCCCCCCAGCCUUGACCCUCUAAGAAGACAAGAAAAAACUCCCAAAAAAAAACCCUUGUAGGGAAAAAAUGGAAGAAACCUCAGGAAAGGCAAUUCAAAGAGAGACCCCUUUCCUGGGGGUUAAUACAAUACAAUACAAUAUACAGAACAGAAUAAAUCCUCAAUACAAUAUAAAAAUAAAAAUUCUAGAAGUACAGAGUAGAAUUUCACAUUAGAUGAUAUCACAUAAUAUGAUUUGGAUUUGUUUUAAGUCAAGGAGACCUCAUUCAUCAAGCUGUCUCCUCCAUUUUGCCAUUCCACAUCUGAAAUAGCGCUAAUUGUUAUUUUCUUGUGCAUUGUUACAUAUGCAUUAUUUUCACUUUUACUUUAAAAACGUAUGUAAAAACAAUACUUGUUUCUUUAUUUCCUGCCCCGCGCAUGUUUACAUCUCUUUCUUCCCAGACGUAUAAUGCUGCUCGUGUUGUGAAGGGUGUUGCGGCUGAACAUACACUAAGGAUAUGCCUUUGGAUCAUUUGCUGUCUUUUUGCAGCUUGCUAGCUGCCUCUUCUGCCUGUCGCAUGUCGUUGUUUUAAGAGCUCUGAGCACAUGAUGCUUGCCUGCCAAAAGCAAUCCAACAACUUCUAGCUUAGAGGUCUGUUGACUUGUUUUAAAUGAUGGCUCACUGCCUGGUCUCGCGUGACGUUGUAAAAGCAAUACCUGUCUUUUAUUUCUGGCACCGGGCGUGGUUGAAUUCUUUUUUGCAGGAUGUAUAACGCUGCUCGCGUUCGGUUGGGGUAGCUGCUGUCGCACUGCCCUUCGAUCUCUUUAAAGCCUCUACAGCCGCUGUCCUUUCCGCUACAGCCCUGGGACAAUCUCUUGGCACCAAGUCUCAUGUUUACGGUCCCCAGGAGACGCACCGUGGCAAGUCUACUUGGUCUCACGGGUCUUUAAAAUGUCUUUCGAGAUUAUCACGUAUCGUAGCCUUGCAUUUGCUUUCCAUUCCAGGAUUUUCUUUUAUAUAUAGAGAGAUGUGCUUCACUUUGGACCACCAUUGAAACUCAAUGCAUCAAUAACUUUGUGAAAAUUUUUUUCUUAGCCAUAACUAAACAGCACGUGGCAAACAAUGAACAGAAAAAUGUUUGUUUUUGAGUGAUGCCUUUGAACUGUUUGCUUUCUCUUGUACACUUUUCAUUUUAUUUAAUAUUUUUAUAUUUAUGUAUUUAUUUCUUCCUCUGUAAAGCGUGUGGUGAGUGACCAAAUGUCAUUUUAGAAAAGAUUUCUGUAGUUUGUGUUGUAAGUUCAUUCAAGUAAGAGGCACUUAAUAGGUAAUGGUGGAAGCUGAAGGAGUGCAGUGUUGGGUUGGUGUAGAACUAGAUGAAUAGAUAGUUAGAACUUUAGUUCAAGUUCAAGCACUUUAUUGUCUUUGUGUAACACAACGAAAUUACUUUUUGUGACAGCCCCAAGGUGCAUUUAAAGAAAAGUCAAAUAACUCCAAAUAUGUCGUAUACAGUGUUAAGUGAUCAAGUAACCAGAGCAAAUUAUUAUUGCUCAAAGUACUGCAGUAUAAAUGUUAUUGCACCUGUUAAUGAAUAGUACAUUCCAUAUUCUAUAUUGUAUUACAUUAGUAUAUUGCACAUUACCAAUAUGGCUUAUUGCACAUGUUCAAUUAAAAAUGAUCUCAGACUGAGGAGAUUCAGAGUUCAGAAAGUUUAUGGCAGAUGGGGAAAAGCUCUUUUUAAGUCUGUUUGUGCGCACACGGAUUGACCUAAAGCGUCUGUCUGACGGGAGGAGCUCAAGCAAAGAAUUUCCAGGAUGAGUUUUGUAAAUAAUUCACACAUAAUAAUAAUAAUCAAAUAAGCAAACAUUUUAUAGUCAUUUUUUAUGACUAAAUAAAAUUGAUUUCAGUUUUGGAAUAAGCUAGCCUAUAACCUACAUAAACAGAGUGGAACAGGCUGUGUAUGACAAAAUUCUACGUGCUUGUAGUAUGCUGUUAGCGUAUGCCACAGUUACAACGUAGGCUAAUAAAGUUCUAUUGUACAUUUAUAAAUGUAGCUCCGCUAAAAUAUUAGCAAUUUCCAGAAGAUGGCUCUCGAAUGUGUCGUCCAGUCAGUCGGUGAACUGAGAUUCAGUGUAUUGCAUGACGUGUCUGCAGUUCGUUCCUCCAUUUGGAACACAACGUGAUUCUUUAGGUGAACUAAUUCAGCAUACCGCAUUGCGAGUAACUGCGAGUGUCUUCUCUGUAGUUUGUGAACGAACUUGCAGCACUUCUCCAGAUCACUCCAUAGAGGCAUACGGGUUCACUCAGUCAGUCAGUGCACUGAGACAGUCAGAAUCAACUGACCAAGUCAGUCAUUGGCUAGUUGUCGUCAUGUCCAUUUUGAUGAAAACAUUUACUUUUUCCUGAAAGUGAAGCUAAGAUGAAAACUCCAGACUGACGCGGAAUACAAUAUAAAACGUAGCACGCACUGCACAUGCCUCGGAAAGAUUUGUUCUUUUAUGUCUCUGUACCAGUAAGUUUACUCAGUGACAAGUGAUGAGUACAAAAGAACUAGCUGGCACAACACUAAAAUCUAUAGGACCUUAUAAAGUUGAUAUACAAUUAGUAGAAGGGUAGCAUCCUUAGAUACAAUAACAUGAUGCAAGUCUCUAAAGGUGACUGAAGUCAGAUGACCGCGAGGACAGAAAAACAAAAGACAAAGCUCCAGUUUCAAAGAAAAAGCUGUAUGUGAAUCUGGCAAAAGAAAAAAGAAAAAGGUUAAAAUGGACCAAAGAAAACAGACAUUGGACAGGAGAUGACUGGAGAAGCGUAUCAUGUCUGGCGUUUGCCUCGCACACGUCACACUCUGAUGGCCUUCUCCUCCCAUGCAGUUGUCUGUCCUGGGCCUUCCCUUUCUUUUUCUAUCCUGGUCACACCCAGUCUGCCGUCAUAGAAAGACUGAAUGAAUUUUGGGAGACACUUCAUGAAAAUGUUACCCACCUGUCCCAAACAAAAACCACACAUGAAGAAUAGUCAUUAAUAAAUAAAUGAAGAAAUGUACCUAAUGAAAGUAUUUAAUAUUAGGCAUAUAUAAAAUGAAGUAUGUAUUUAAAAAUUGGGGGCACAAAAAAGAAAUGUUAUUAUUUGUGUAUUUUAUAUUUCUUUUAAUAUAUACAGUAAGUGUUGUAACAGACUGUAGAUAAAUUGUAUUUUAGAGUAUGUAUAAUAAUAUGUACAGCAUGUUCACCUGUCCUCAAUGAACUCUUUGGAGUGUUUACAUAACCCUGAAAAGACUCAAUCUUUCCAUAUGUACAAUUUAGCAGUUAGUUUUACAUAACUGAUUUUGGUGUGUGUAUACUAAAUGUUUGUAUUGUAAGGGUAUUGCACUUUUCCUCCCUAUUGUCUUUUUGCUUUUUCACUUAUUUAAAUGGGUCAAAAUAUGAAAACACUUCCAAGAACUUUGUAUGAGGUGGACCACCACAGUUACAGUUUUCUUAUUUUAAGUGCUGCAUAAACUUCUAAGAGAAGCACGGAA